AUGGUUUUCGGUGGAUGGUGUGAUGGUGAAGGACCAAGAGCUGCUGCACAAGUAUACAACCCGAAAGCAAACACAUGGACAUUAUGGACAGAAGCUGGUCAACAAGCUCAACCAUUAGCUAAUGAAUGGCUUAAUUUACUGCAAGGUUCCAUGACAACGACGCCGCCGAUGGUAGCGUCCACAAUGACAACAGCACCGAUGACAACAACCUCAGCGACAAUAGCUGCUGAUACAUCAGAAAUCAAUCGUCUACAGAACGCUGUGAAUACUGUAAAUACAAUUAAUCAUAUACGUAGUACACUGCCAUCAGAUGGAAUGAUGACUUCUGAAGAACAGAAGGAAAAUCUACUCCUCUUACCAUUUAACUCAAUAAUAACAGAGAAUUCUGGUAGUCUGAUUGGUGAAAUUCCAAGACGUGUUUAUGCUGGUUGUGUACUGAUUGAUAAAAGAGUUUAUUUAGUUGGUGGUUUCGAUGGAAGCAGUGCAUUGAAAUCUACUCUAUGCUAUGAUUUUGAAAUAGACUCUGGUUGGUGA